UUUCCCCACCAAGCUGUAGAAAUUGCAAGCGUCUUCGUUUUCGAGCAGGCGCAAGAACUCAUUCUGUAAGCAGCGAAGAAUCAUGUUUUCUCCUCGAAAUCAAACAAAAAAUCCACGAAGAGUGGAAGAGCCAUUGCUGGCCGCGGGCUUGAAGCCGGAGAACUACCUGCCUGGGUUUAUAAUCGGUUUCCUCUUAGGGUUGUUCGUCGAUUUCGCCGGAUCCAGACUGCGAAAUUCAAAGCGCAACUCAUCCGCCGCUACGGCGAAGCUGAAGCACGGAUCAUUUGAUGGCGGUGGCACUGGUGGCAGCGAUGAGCUUAAAAUGGUGUUAGUUGUCAGGCAAGACUUGAAGAUGGGCGCCGGUAAAAUCGCCUCUCAGUGCGCUCAUGCAGCUACCGGAAUGUAUGCGGAGUUAUUGCAAAGCAAUCGUUCUCUGCUAAGACAAUGGGAACAGUGUGGACAGCCCAAAAUAGUUGUCACUUGCAAGAAUCAACAAGAAAUGAAUAGGUUGAAGGGGACAGCUGAUCAGUAUGGCCUUCCCACUUUUAUUGUUGCUGAUGCUGGGCGUACACAGGUUCAAGCAGGAUCAAAAACUGUUCUAGCCAUUGGCCCGGGAAAGAAGGCCAUGGUGGAUUCUGUUACUGGCAAACAACGCCUUUUGUAGCCAGGUGCCACUAAAUACAUAGCUAGGGAUUUCUGUUCCUCGAUAAAAAAAGGCUGUGAACAGCAAGCUGGAGCAAAUGGCUGUAUCCUGAUCCACAUUUAUGCUUGAUUUUAUUGCAAUAUUUUAUCUGGGGAGCUUUCUCUUGGAUUAACUGUCAUCUUUAUGACCGUUGAGUUCAUGCUUCUGCAAAAAAGUUUUGGACAAAGAGCCUUGGUAAUGUCUGUAUCUUUUUUCGGUUUUGUUGGUAAUGUCAUAGCAAACACAUUCGUUCCACUCGCUGCAAUUUAAAUUAUUUUGCAAGUUUCAAUUUUUUUGA